AUGACCACUUCCACCACCGCGCGCCCUCUCCCCAUCCCCCUCCCACCCACCCUAAUCCCCGCCCUCCUCGCCUCGGACAGCAGCAUCUACCCCUCCCCGCUCACGCUUUCCACUUUAACCAGCUGGAUCACCACUGCGCCCAGCAGCACACUAUACUACCCCUCGAGUGGCAUCGCGGUCUCGCUGCCACUGCAGCUACCAUACUGGCUCCUGCUGACCUCGGGAGAACUGAAGGAAUGGGAGCUCACACCCUCCAUGUUCGCCGCGCCUGGUGCUGCGGCGGCGGAGGUCGGCGUGCACGUGUGGCAUGUGGAGCGGUGGGAUGGCUGGCGGAGGGAGUGGGGAGUGUUUGGGGAUGUGGUGCGGCAGGACUUGGGGCUGGCGGCGGGAGGAAGGUGGAGCGCGCUUGUGGUUACGCAUGAGGGCAGAAGGAUGUUUGAACGCCGCUGGGGAGGACGGGAGGGGGCGUAUAGCGGACAAGUUGUUGUGGGGGGUGUGCUCAGGGAGAGGGAGGAGUGGGAGCGGAAGGGUGGGGUGGGCACGGUCGAGGGUAGCUGGUUGGAACUAUCGUCGUCUUGCAUCAAAGACUACGGUGACGCCCCGGAAGUUGCCGCUAUUGAUAUCGACAGUGGAGACGGGUUGUGGAGACGGAAGGCAUUCCUCUAG